GUACGGUAUACGGAUACAACAACCUAUAAGCGUUGGCUGAUAUCAUUCUGGCUGCAUGCGUCAGAUACGAGUUCUGGAUGUCUGACCCAGUCUCCAGAGUUCUGGUCGGUGGCGGCGAGCGAGUCGGCAGCCCUGCCUCGACGGCGUUGGACUAGCGCUGCCGUCUUUGGUCUUUGGACGGUUUCACCGCACACUCAAAAUGAACAGCGGCAACGACGGGCAACUCCGCGAUCCCAGCGGUGGGUGGGUACGUGCAUUCGCCAGUUGGGUUUGCGGUUCCAUUCGUACGGUUGGUAAGGUAGGUAGUAUGUAUACACUACUGCUAGAGGGUAAUAGAUGGGUGUCUUAUCUGUCUUAGUCCCCUCACAAACUCACGGCGGUUGAUAUGUCCCCUCUUGAUUUAUCAAUAAACCGUGGCAAUGCAGAAAACAGGCGAGCCAAAGGCAGGGCAAAGAAGGCAAUCUCAUCCAAGACAGGACAAAACGAGGCCAAGCCGGGCUAUCAGGGAUGGGGAGGGGGAUCAACUUGUUUGAGUCGGGGGCCCCUACAUGUCUCGGUGAUGAUGGCUCGACAAAGAAGCAAACAUGAUGGAAGGCUGGAAACGCCCCAAAACGACAUGGCACAUUGGCAAGCUCCCCUUGCCAGGCCUAACGCGGAUGCUUAGAAAGCCAAAGGCACGGCAGCGCACCUAAUCUACACGUAACGGAUGGGUUGGCAACCCUACCCAGUGCAGACCAAAAGAGAGAUGCCACCCGUGACUAUCAAUUACCCACCCAUCCACCCACCACCCAUUGUGUGCUUGUUCGGCUCUGGCAUCCGGUCAAAGCUCCUCUCCGUGCCCCCCUUAGUUGAUAGUACGCGCAGACUGUUUGACACAGAGAAACUCUUCUGGCUUCCGGAAACGCCGUCGUUGAAU